AUGGCGUUAGCAGCAGCGGCGGCGGGGUAUGUGACUAUGAGGGCGGAGAAGGGUGUUGAGGCUCCGCCGUCGUUGUUCGGGGCGGACUACAUGUUCCGGUGGGAGCAGCAGGGGGAGUACAUGGAGCGGCGGCAGACCUUCCUCCGGAGCUACCACUUCUGCCGCAAGCAGGGCCCCAGGGAGAAGGCGCUCCGCGUCCGCCGCCUCGCCUGGGCCCGCCUCAGCGGCAUCCGCCGGCUGCCGCGCCUCCUCUGGGCCAAGAUCCGCUCCGCCCUCGCCCUCGUCCGCGGCGGGCGCAGGAGAAGGCCAUCCCAACGCAUGGCCUCCGUCUCCUCGUUCCAGCGGCUGCCGCACCGCCGCAGCGCCAGCAACAUCAGCAGCAGCUCCUCCGCGGAGUCGCCCAGGUGGUAGUCGUCAUAGGAGGCAGGGGCGGCCGCCUCUCUCAAGAAAGCUCUCUUUCUUCCGCUGGCAUUAGAAGUCGUGUCAGCAGGAUAACUGGAAGCAUACGCAUGUGCAACGGCUUCCUUAAACAGGCGCAAGAAAGCCACUGCAAGAACGUGAAGAUGCAUGAAUAGAAUAUAACUAAAUGAUCUCUUAGCAUCCAUUCUUCAGGUCAUUACUUUUAGUUGGAUUUA